AUUUUGAAUUUGGUUGCUGGGACAACCAUUUUGUUUACAUAUGGUGCUGCCUUCAGUAGAUUUUGAUCACUGAUAACUUUUUACCAACAUAGUAGAUAGUCACAGAUAUCCACAAUAAUGGACACGUCAAAAAAGAUUGCUCCAUCAACAAAAAAAUAUGUGCUAUGUAAGAUGCCAGCAGACUGGGCUACUCUGCCUGUGUUUUCUGAUGUUAGUCGACAACAUGGCUGUAUUGCAGUUUAUACAAAGAGUAGGCAAGACAACAGCCUUGUAUAUGAAGGUUACAUUUGUCCAGCUGCUCCUGAAAUGCUGUCUAUGUCAGCGGUGCAGCUACCACCAAGGCCGGAGAGCUUUGCACAGAAGUAUGAACGACUGCUAGAGAAGAUCAGAGCUGAGGAGGCUAAGGCUCAAGCUCAAGAAAAAAUCAGCGAAGCAGGGCAAGGUGUUGUCAGAGCAGAGCCAAACCCCAUGCCAGGCAGUGAAGAUACAGCUGAUGAAUCAAAACAGCAGAUAAAAGCAGAGGCCACCAGUGAAACUAAAAACAAAUCAGAACAUCUAAAUCUGUCCCUGCAGAGGACGGAGUCCAACACCGAUUAUCCACUUCCACUAGAAAUCCUCGACAGAAGAGAGAGUUUACUCCCAGUAGCCCCUGAAGGAGGGACAGAAGAGUUUUUUCUUUGUCUUGAACCUUGGGAGGACACUGUGGACAUGGAGUUCUUGAACCGUUUGUAUUUGUGAAUAAAUAUUUUGAGCAGCAAUUUAAA